CAACCACCGACCGUCGGACUGACAUUCUCCCUUUCCAAACAAACUGACCUGAAGUUAGCAGCAAGUCCGCAUCAUUCUAACGAGAAAACACAUCUACAAGAUUCUAGGAAUGCACAAGUAAACGCUUCCAGUCGCACGCGAACACGUGCACACACACCACAAGCCUCACCCCCACAGACCUGAGGCCAGCGUUCCCGCUGGCCUCUGAAACAGGUAGGCGCGCGGGACCGAAACGCUAAUUGUGGCUGAGGAAUACAUCGCAAAACCGCCCCAGGAAAUUUUUGGCCAGUCUUGUUGGCCCCCAUUCUUCCAGGUUCAGGCCCCUACGAUGCCCCAGGGACCCUGAAGGAUGACGAGGCCCCAGUGUGGUACAGGACGCGAGCUCUGGGGGCCCGCUGAGCGCUGCGAGUUGCCGUAGGGGCUGGAGGAGGGGCCAAGGGAGGCGGGCCCAGGCCAAUUCCAAGUUACAAAGACAGCUGCUCCUGGGAGGCCUAGGAGAGUUUUGCCCCAAAACGUGCAUACCACUCGCCCCGAGACGCCACGACCUCCCCGGACAGAGCCCCAGGGCGCGUUCAACCUCGAGGUGUCUUGGGUGAUGGGUGCAGUCGAGAGCCAGGAGGCGACAUCAAAACCUCCGACCGCCCAUUCAGCCCAGCCUGGCCACAGUUCACCAGGAGAGGUCCUAGAGGAUGGUCCUAUCUUUCCCAAAGAAUGGUGGGGCGCAGGAUCGCGGAGGGUCCCGCUCCUUGUCCGGAAAGAUUAAGAAAUUGGGCUGAUGAAGGUAUUUCAAAGAGGCCUAGAGCGCCCUGGGGCCGAAAGCCAUAUCAACCUCACACUCCACCCAAAGUCCCGCGUUUGCACGUGCACACCUUCUCCUCCUCCCCAUGCAGAUCCAGGGGGUCGCGCACAUUUGAGCUCAGACUCAAGCUGAGUCACCUGACUAUGCAUGGAACGUACAGGCAAUCGUUCUCGAAUACAUACGGGAGAAUUAAAGGAACACUAACAGAGGAAUUUGAGGAAUAAAGUGUCCACGGACAUAAUUAUUUGAACGCACGGGUGCACAUUCAGUUGUCCAGACGCAGACGAAAGUCACAGUGCCCGCGAGAAGUGACCCCAACCACAUGGGCAGAUAGAUAGGAAGCCGCGACCGGGGAGAGCCCGUCGAAUGAGGACCCGGCCUCAAGGCCAAGGGGGCUUCCUGCUAGAGGGACGUUGGCUCAGAAGGAGAAACUUGGUUGAGCCGACUGGGUGAAUGAAAGGUUUCAGGUCAAGUCUUGGCCACUAGAAAGAACCAAGGCCUCAUCCACCCAGAGGCAAACUUUUUGCCUUCCUCUCAGUUCUGUUGGAGAUACCCAGAAAAGGGCCAUCCGGGAAUGAUUCAUUUUGAUCGAGAUUGUUUUUAUUGUUUACUUCUUAUGAUUUUUGACUUAGGGGAUUGCAUUCUGAAGGAGGAUUUGGGUGGAGUGCAUACAAGUUCUCACUCACUACUGGGAGAUUCAGUAGUUCCCAUAAAGAAUUAUGAAUUCUUUAUGGGAACAUUUAGCUCUAACCGUGGCCUGGGAAGGUGGAGGGCCCUUAUUUUGCCCCUUGCACCCUUCUUAUCCUAAACUUGAUCAUUCAAAAGGAUGCUCAUCCUCCUGCCCCCAUCUCCAUCCCAAUAUCCUGUAAGUCAAAUACGUUUACAAAAGAACGCACUUCAAAGUAAACCAAAUUACACAGUUUAUUUACAUUUUUGUGUGUGUGUGAUAUAUUGGGAAGUUCUCACCCCCAGUUCCCCUGUCUGUGGCUGAGCACGUUUUCCCAGUGGAGCUGGAGGGUUGCAGAGAGGGGUUUCCAGAGGGGCUCUUGGGCGAGUCCUCAGAAACUACUCUAGGCAGGCUUGACUUUAGUGUGAGCUCCCUCUGCCUAACCAGUUCUAGUGGCUACCUCCAGGUUUCCUGUAGAAGAGGCAGGCUCCCUAGAGCAGGGGUGCUCUCCCUUCCACUUCACCUCCCUUCCCAACUUUCUCUCUUUUGAGCACAUCUUCUGAGCCUCCCUCUCUCAUCUAAAAGUGGAGUGUAAGUCCGAGAAGAUUCAUCUAGACAAAGAAGGAGGAAAAAAGGACUUUCUGGGCCAGCAAGUCGGAUGACCACCCUCCAAGGGGCAGAGGAGGGUCCAUUUUGUGAAGAAGAAAUGAACCACCCGGAAAACGCCACAGGAGGACAUGUUUUUGCAGAUGUAGUUGCCCUAGAAACAGAAGAGUAUGGGGUGUCAACGCGCUAGAGAGGCCGUCUCACCUCCAAAGGUGUCUUCACUUCCGGAGGGCCCGGGCUCCCAGCCGCAGUCCCACACUGGGCCCGCGCGCCGGAUAGGAGGUGCUCCGACGGCAAAAAUCCCAUACAUUUUUAACUACAGUGAUUACUAAAUUAAUAGCAGGCACUAAGACAGAUGUCAAAACGUCUUGAAAAUGUUUAUCUGUGAAUAAUUGAGAAGGUGGUGGGACGCAUUAUCUGAUUGUGUAAUGAAAUAUGUAUGAGGAACAGCUGUUUGCAACAGUCCCCUCCCGCCGCCUCAGCAAAGGCCCUUCUGUAGGAAGCAGGCGUCGCGGCGAAGUUGGUCGCCCACUUCCGUCCACUUGGAAGUCCUCUCAGCCCCUCCCCGGCCGCUGGCAGAGUUGUGGCUCCAGUGCUCCCCAGAGUCGCCCGGUUUCCUGACGGACAGCAGCCUGGAGUCCUCCUCAGCCUCUCUCUGUGGGCUCCGUGGCUGAAUGAGGCUCCACUGCCAGCCUCGCUGUCCCUCGCGCCAUCGGGGCGGGCCGCGGGCUCGGCCGGCGGGGACGCGGGGGAGCACCGGCCCGGGCGGCCGCGGAGGCCUGGCGUGCGCCCGCAGAGCGGUGCGGCCUGCUCGGAGGCGAGGCCCGGGAGCCCCGCGGCUCAGCAGGGCGGGCCUGGGGUCACCGAGGGGUGACGGGGCUCCCGAGAGGGCUUUGUUCGCGCUCUGGCCACACUGCGCACUUCCUUCCAGCCCCCCCGUUGCCCCACCCGAGGCUCCGCGCCCCGGCCCUGUUUGUUUUUCCAGCCCCGCGCCCUCCACCCCGACACGCAAACAGCCCUCGGGGCUGCGUCAGCGGCCCGAGGCCGUGGCCCAGGGCAGGCCUGAGUCCAAAUGGGGCAGCACGGCCAGCCCUGGCCCCGCAGGAAGUGGUGUGAGGGGAGAGGGAGCUCCAGGGCCUUCCUGGCGCGAGAGGGGCAGGCGAAUGCCGGUGGGAAGGUGGCCCAAUAGGGCGCACGGCCUGGGCGGGCUGCGAAGGCCCGAAGCCUGGGCUCGGAAGGAUGCGGGCGGCCUGCGCUGCUGCCCGUGCCCUGCCGCGGUCCCCGGCCCCCAGCCCCAGCCGGACAGGGGAGGCGCGGCGGAGUGGGGGUGAGGAGGACGCCAGGAAGGGCCCCAUCAGGCCUGGGCCUUGAAGGCAGCGUCAGCCGCAAGGACAAACCCGGUGCCUGGUGCGAGUGUGCGGGCCCCCUCGCCGCCUUCCCCGAGCUUCGCACCGCCGGAGACCGCGUCCCCGGCGCGGCGCCUCCCGCAGCUCCCAGCUGGGCCUUCCUCGCCCGCGCCCUCCGCCUCCACGACCUCUCGGCCCCUCAUCUUCCUCAGUUCCCGGGCCCCGUCCCUAGCCCCUGGCGUCCGGGAAGCCUGGCUCCAAAACCGUCGGCCUCAUUGGCCCUUCCGGCGCCGACGUCCUGACCGCUCCGGGGCCGGGAGCGGAGGAACCGAGUCUGGCUUGGCGGCGCCGCGGCACCACGACACCCUGCGCCUUCGCAGUCUCCCCCGGCUGACUCAGUCGAGAUGCGCUCGGGCGUUCUGUCUCAAGCGUCGCCCUUUUACCUAAUCCCUUAUGCUUUUAUUCUAAUCCUACACAUUACAGUUAAUCUGUAAUGAUACCGCUUCGGAGGAACCUGUUGCUUCGAGGCUCGGCAAUUUGUAACCUUGGAAACAGUUUUAAAUAAAGAUUGUAAGAGUGA